ACACAGGAAGCGUGCUGCCACGCCUUGCCGCCUUUAGCCCUGUCAAAACAGGUCACAUGGGGUCAACGACUGACGACAUGCAGCGCUGCGGUUGUCACCGCUGACGUCACUAUGUGAACCGCCGACGGGUGCCACCCGGCCAACGACUACAGUUGGGCUCUUUUCUGCUUUGAGAGCGGAACGACUCGCCACUUAGGGUGGUUCUGCUGGUGCAUAUACUUUCCCGGGUUGGUGAGGACAGGUGAGAAAAGUACAAAUCACGUUCGGGUGUCUUAGCGCACCUAACCGUUACAAGGGGGACCGUGCAGGUGUACUGAAGAGAUUACGGGUGUUCGACUCGGCAUCGACAAAUGAAAAUGGUUGUUAAAAACGUUCACACACAGAAACUUUAUGGAUGCAGAUUUUUUCGGGCAAACACCGUCAUCCUGAACUGGUCUCUCGUCAAAAGUACCCUUGUCGUCUGCCUCGUACACGCUUUAGCGGCUGCCUCAGAUUUGCCGCGGCUUGUAGAACAGCGCCAUUACGCGUGUGGCAACUCCACGUCGUGCAGCGUGGCGAACCUGACAUGCAGCUCUGACCAGCGGCUAGCCAUCCUCAGCAUGCGCCACGCCCAUCACAACUCAAGCGGCAUAACUGAUGGCGUCUGUCCGGUCAAGGGAAACAACUGCUCCGCAGUUCCGGUCAACCUGACGGUGGGGGACUGCGGAGAAAGCUACAGCGAGGAGACGCUGGUUGAGAUGUUCAGCAACUGCUCGGCAGCGCGCCGGCAGGCAGCAGGCGACCCGGUCACUUGCAGACUAGCGCUUCCUUCAUCUCCCGAGGAGUCCGGUGGAGUGUGUGAAGGACAAGGCUUUCAGAGUGCCACGAGUUAUUCCUUGCUGGACUACGCAUGCAUCGAUGAAUCCCAGAUCAUGCCAAUGUGCACUAGCUCUGCCAGUAAUGGCACGCUUCUCUUCGCGCUCUGGAAUCCCCGCGAACAGUCGGAGGACAUCACCAACGUCACAAGCCGGUGUCAAUGUCGAGUCACGUCAACAGACGACGCACAGAUGUACGUGUACGUCAGGCCGAUGGACGUGCGUUUGCCGCCGGCAGACACCGAUGACUGUUCACGUCUGACGCUGCAAGACGUGUCGUCCACCAUGCUUAACUCCUCGUGCAGAGACUCCAGUCCUUUGCUGUUUGGAACGCAUCUCUUGCAGACAGGCGAGAUCAAGGCGACGACGCCCAUCGAUCUAACGCUGCUGCUACACCAGAACCAGUUGCCAUAUAUGGCCUGGAUAGGCUUCAGCAGUUUCAGUGAGCGUCCGCUGAAGCUAACCUGCUAUUUACAGGAUGAGCCACUAGAGCCGCUGCGACGUGACGACGUACUCUUAAACAAGAACGACAGCGAAGACAAUGAGAAGAUGAUAGGGGCUGUGAUAGGCGGCUGUCUGGCGAGUCUCGUGUUGAUUGUCAUCGUGGGUGCCACUUGGUUCUACCUCUACAGCAAACGAAAGCGUCAAAUGACCAAAAGCAGCCGCGCCUGGUGGUCCAAAAGGCGGCAAGAGAACGACUUUGCCCGUUCCUCUGCGUCUAGCCGCUCCUCCAACGUCAUCGUCGACACGGGCAAACACAUGGGUUACGGGGCCAAGCCCCCUAUCCACAAAUCCUACCCUGUCUCGCCACGCAACCAGCACCUGGACAUCGUGACUGGUUCCGCGGCUCCACAACCCAGCGGAUGAUAAAGAAUGGAUGAGGAACAACUCAAGAAGGUGACUGAGGACUGCGCCACCUGGCGAGGAGUUCUUUAAUGAAAAACGCAGUGAUAUAAAUGCCGCCCGGAAAAGGGGAGGGUAAGAGUAUAAAGGUAAAUGUGUACCAAUGGGAAAGAAACUUUUUAAAAAAUGGAAAAAUCAUCGAAGUACGACUCUUCACAAAGGUACGUCUUGCGCGGCUAUAGAAGGAAGGAACCAAGAGCACAAAGGUAUUACUUUUCUGCGACCUUGCAGCGUGAAGUCAUUGAAAUGCGACUUUACUUCACAGGGUACAGUUGCUAAAGACUAGAGACAAUGAAACAAAGACCACGACAGCAGCAACUACAAAAAUGUAACACUGUAGACUGUCUCAGCAAUUUAAGUAGCUCAUUUCGUUUGUGUAAUACACGUACUAAGUACAGUAUAUCUUCCGACACACAUGGGCUACCAGGAAGGGAGUGGGUGAACACAUCUGGUACCAUCUUCUAUCAUUCUUCAGGUCUUGUUCAGCCGUCUGUAGGAAGGUCGGGAUGAAUUGGACCUUGAAUGAAAAUAGUCUCUUUUCAUUCAGACGAUUGACCUUUUGUUGAUGGCAGUUUCCUUACAAUCGUCAUGUGUGUGGCUCGUGUUUUAUACAUAAAUGUAUAAAAGGAAAUCUCCAGCUCGAAUCAAGUAUAUUUGAACGAUUGUCAGGAGCACAAGUGACUACUGGUUCAAACACCACAGGCAGGAGACAAGAUGCAUUGCACUCAUUGGUGCAAGGUAUAUGUCCUUCACUUCCACAACUGUGUACAGAGCUUUCCGCAUACCAGGAUGGUAAAAAGUUCACGAAAGAUCAAGAGUUUAAUGCGAGAUACGUUAGUUGAAGGUGCUUGAUUAUUGUGAGUUUGGCUUUAUCAGGUUUUUAAAAAAAUCGUUUAAUAUUUUACAGUUUAUUUCCCAUUUUAAGGGACAAAACUCGAAAACAGCAGGUAGCCUUCACUAUAGGAGACCUCUCAAUUCGAAUGACGCUAACUAGUAAUUUACUGGUGCACAUUUCAAGCUCGAGGUGUACCCAAAUGGAAAGUUAGCUCCCUUUCUUCAGAAAAAAGGAAUACGUCGGUGUUAUCAUGUGUCGCUAACGCUGAACGGCCUCAAGAAAGUAUACUUAGUAUGUUUAUCUCUAACGACUAUAAAAUUAGAUGCUGGGUGACAUGCUGAUAUGAUAAUACUAUGAUUUUUAAUGUACAGAUCUUUUUUAAAAAAAUGCUAUAAACUAUUAAAGAUUGAUGUUUUUUUA